UUUACAGUGAAUACAAAUUUAGGUAUAAUGCCAAGUGUUGUAUUUAUUCUUAGCACGACUUAGAAAGACAAAUGUAUUUUUAAUCGAUUAACACUCCUCUCUGAUCAUGUGACUUGGACAAAAUGGCGACGUACGAAUGGUACCCUAGGAAGCGUGUGUAUGAGGAGGAGCGACUGGCGGAAACACUUCAGGCCGCCACAGCAGAUUCACAUCCUCUAAAGGCAAUCACGGUAUCAGACCUGAAGCAUGCAGACAAGAAAGGCGGCUCUGGGAGGAAGCCUAGUAAGGCAGGAAGCAAGUCAAGCUCCGUGUCAGGGGAUCCCCUAGGCGGCAGUGAUCCCCUCAGUAUGGCCGAUCCCCUCAGUGCUAUGGGGCCCCUUGGAGAGGGCCUGGACCCUCUGUCGGCCAUGAUGGCACAAUCCUCUUUGGCACCCACCAUGAGCAGGAGCUCAAGCUUUGGUUCUGACGGUGGAAAAAGCCGGACGGGGUCCUUGGAUGACUCAUUUGAGCCAUGGUCUGCCAAGAAGGUGGAGAUUCUGGCUCGCUACACAACGUCAGAGAAACUCUCCAUUACAACCAGCUUUCUCUCUGCCUCAGAUAAGGAGCAUGUAACAAUCAAGAGCCAGACCACAAGUACGAUGUCAGACAAAGUGAAAAAUCGUCUUGAGCAGCUGGAUGAUUUUGAGGAGGGUUCUGUGCAGGAGAUGUUGAACCUGAGCCAGCAGGAUUAUGUAUCCCGGAUAGAGGACCUCAACCAGCAUCUUGUACAGGCCUGGGACCAGGACCAGAGAGUCAAGGCCCUCAAAAUAGCCAUACAGUGUUCAAAGCUACUGGCAGAUGUGAAUGUGAUCCAGUUUUACCCGAGCAAGUUUGUCCUCAUCACCGACAUUCUUGAUACAUUUGGUAAGCUGGUGUAUGGCAGACUCUUGGAGAAGGCCCAGUACUACCCUCCCGGCAGUGGUGUACCUGUUAAACUACCAGCAAACUUUACGCCAGACCAGGUUCCAGAUUCAGCAAAGGAGACAUGCAGAAACUGGUUCUUCAAGAUUGCUUCCAUCAGGGAGCUCAUCCCACGCUUCUAUGUGGAGGCAGCCAUCAUGAAAUGCUACAGCUUCCUGAAUCCCGGGGAGUAUGCGGCUGCACUGCGACGGCUCUCUUUGAUGAUCCGGGGAAUGGGAGAUCCUCUUGUUUCCCUCUAUGCCAAGUGCUUCCUCAGCAGGAUUGGAAUAGCAGUUGCACCGAACAUUCGUGACCAUUUACAGCCGAUGUUUGAAGACUUUCUCUCAACCUUCCCUCAGGUGAGUGGCGACAGUGUACAGAACACGCUGGCCAUUCAGAAGCUGGAGAUGCCGCGCUACCUGACCCUCUUCUCCCCAGGCCUCGACUGGCUCCUGCAGUGCAUCGCAAACAAAGCCCCUGACACCACUCUCACAGACAUACUUCACAAGUCACGGGAGAAAUGCAACAGUGCAUUGUUGCUGAAUUCGCUGAUCUCAGCGUUCAAGCCGGAGUACAUCGCGUCCCGCGUGAUGGAGUUUAUCGAGAUGAUCAAGGAGUGUGAGGAGACAGGUUUUCCCAAGCACUUGUUGUUCCGCACCCUGGGAACGUGCCUGGCGAUUGCCGACCCGCCUGAAGACAAGAAACUCUCAGUUCUCAAUGAGGUCUGGAAACCCAUCAUGAAACUGAAAACCCCAUCAGACUAUAUUGCCUGUGCUGAGUCAUGGAUGGAAUUCAUCGUCAAACAUUUUGGGAAGCGAGAGGUUAACACAGUGCUGAAUGACGUGAUCAAGCACUUGACGCCAGACCGAGUCUUUGAGGAUUUCUACCCGCAGCUGCAGUCCAUCGUUUCAAAGAUCCUUGUACAUAUGCAUGACUUUUCCCUGCUGUUUGCUCUGGAGAAGUUUUUACCCUUCAUCGACAUGUUUCAAAAGGAAUCUGUGAGGGUAGACGUUUGCAAAAACAUCGCAGAGGCCUUCAGCAAAUUCCAGGUGACAGCCACUAACGAUCCAGUCAUCAUCAAUGCCAUGAUGUUCAUCUGCAAAACCAUGCAUGACUCAGUCAAUGCUAUGACGCUGGAGGACGAGAAGAAGGCCAUUAGUCAGACCAUCUGUGGAUUUGUGCGCAAGAUCUCGUUUGGUCGUGACCUUGAGCAGCAGCUUAGUUUCUUUGUUGAGGCUCGUGCUGCAUUCACCAAUCUCGAUAUCGUCCUUGUUCAGCUUAUACAGAGUGUGAAUAAUUUAGCCAUUGAGACGCGGAAAGUGGUUCACGGGACUCACUCAAGAAAAACAGGAAACUUUGUGCGGGCGUGUGCUGCAUACUGUUUCAUCACUGUGCCAUCCCUACAGUCGGUGUUUUCCCAGAUGCAGCUUUACCUUCUCUCAGGCCAGGUUGCUCUUCUCAACCAAUGCUACAGUCAGGGAGAUGCAUUCUUCAAGGCAACAAUUUCGUUGAUACCAGAACUUCCCCGUCAGAUAGACUUAGACGGGAAAACCCGCUCCUCCGAACCAUUCCUUGUUGACUUCAUCAGCAACUUUGUGUCCACAUUACUCGUUGUUCCGGACAACCCAGAUGCCAGUGUGUUGUACUUGUUGAGGGGUCUUCUCAACAUUCUCCAGAACUACACAUGGGAGCCUCACUCUGAUGCCAAGGUUGUUGUGUAUACACGAGUCCUAGCCAUGUUGUCUGCUUCCUGUCAGGAGGCAUUCCCUUACCAUGUGGAUAAAGUGGAUUCCAAUGACACGCUGUAUGGUUUGGAUCCCAAGUACUUGAGUGAGCUCCAGGGGAUCUGUGGCACCCUAGUGGAGGAGAUUCUCACACAUCUAAAGACACUCACCACUCCUGAGACAACAAAGCGGCAAACGAUACUGUCACUGGAGCUGUUUCAGACGGUGAUUGGACAUGGGGAUCUGGGUCAUGAGAAGCUGUUUAACCUGGCAGUCAAACUCUGGGGGCUCGCCCAAAGGAGCCACAUGGCAGACCAGAAACAGAUGAAAAAGAUUCAAUCUUGCAUCAGACAGAAAGCCUCAGUGAUAGAUGGGAAGGUAUUCAAAGAGCUUCUCUCCAAAAUACCACUUGAAACAACAACAUAGACAGAAAUAUGUGCAAUACUUGAGACAUUGUUACAAAUAAUAUACUGACUGUAUUUACACAUUAAAAUGUGAAUGAAAUAGAAUAUUAAACUAUAUUUAUAUGUGUUUCAUUAUGGUUGAUGUAUGUGUGGAAAUAAAUAAAAAAAAAUAAAAAAA